UUUUGCUUGCUUCCUUCCUUUCCCAAAUCACCUUGCAUUCAUUGUGUACAUAGUAAGUAUGUACUUUUAUAUGCACAUCCUUUAGACUAUAACAUCUUUAAAAGCAAGACCUGCUUAUCUGUAGUGUUUCAUGCUGUGUUUGGCAUAUUUUAGGCAUUUUAUUAAUAUUUGUUGGCAAGUCAGCUCGUGUAAGCCUUUAGGUCUGUUAUAAUUCUAAAUCUAUUAUUGUCUUAAGAAUUCCAAAGUAGCACCUAAUACUGCCUGUGUGCGGUUAAUUUUGAUUCUUAAAUUAUUCUCCAUGCAGCCUGCAUAUAUCUUGUGGCACACAGUUAUUUGCAUGUCUCCCUUCCUUGGACUGCGAGUUUCUUGAGAACAGGAACCAUCCCCAAACAUUUGGCACACUAGAUUCACUUAAUCAAUGUUAUUGCCUGAUCCCAUUAUUCCAAGCAGGGGAUCUGGACAUUACUUUUCCAUUGGUGAAGCCUUGAAGUGAGGGGUGGGAGUGGGAAUGCUCACUUUCUUUCCUUAGGGCAGCGCCUGGCACUUAUUAAUAAAUGCUUGUUUCUGGGCUUCCUUCAGGGGAUGGGGUGGGAAGUUCACUUCCCCUCCCUAGCCAGUUCAAGAUAUGAUCUUAUGAAUCCAGGCGGUCUGUCCAGCUCAGCCCAAGGGAUCCAGAAGCCAGGUCCUGACCUGCUCUCUACAACGGUACCUGACAACCUCCGGGGUCAGGGAGCCUUGAGCCCUUCAAAAUGCCUUAUCUAGAGAAUGGAACCGGACCAGAACCGCGUGCCACUUCAGGGGGAGGGAGUUUCCGGGAAUUCGAGGUCCCGAAAUGGCAAGAGAGAAAAGGAUCCAAGAACCACUUCCCGAAUCCCAGGUCAAACGGCGUUUCCCUUUAGGACACUAGCUCCGGCGGCCGUGAAACCCCGCGAGAUUCACUCUCGCCAAUCCUACGCAGAUAGCUGGGAGAGAGAGGAAAACGGAAGCUGCCUGGAGCCAAACUUCGAGAGCGAAAUGGCGAAAGGAAAAAGUUCAGACAACCAGACCAGACCCAAGGGCCUCGGAGGCGUGGUUUGGGUUAACUGAAGCUUCCGGGAAAUUCCGUGGUAGAAACGCGUUGCAUUCGUUCUGAGUCUGCGCAUGCACGUGUCCGCGGGUGGAGCCUUGACCAGUCGCGGGGGCGGGGGAUGGUUGGCCGCUUCCGGAUCCGCUUCUGAUACUCAGCUUUCCUCGGAGUUGCUACGUGUCCUUUGGGUCUGGAGCAUCGCUUUUGCAGAUAGUCAUGGAUCAGGUAAUGCAAUUUGUUGAACCUAGUCGGCAGUUCGUGAAGGAUUCAAUUCGUCUUGUCAAAAGAUGCACCAAGCCAGAUAGAAAAGAGUUCCAGAAGAUCGCUAUGGCAACUGCAAUAGGGUUUGCUAUAAUGGGAUUCAUUGGUUUUUUUGUUAAAUUGAUCCAUAUCCCUAUCAAUAACAUCAUUGUUGGUGGCUGAAUACUUCUGGAAGACACUUGCUGCUUCAUGCUUGAUGGACAAGUUUGAGUUGGAAAGUUGUUGGCUUUGUUCACUUAGUAAAAAAAAUUGUCUUGUGUUGUUUA